AUGGAGGAGACAGCCUGGCAGCAAGUGCUCCGAAUCCAACUCUACGCUAUUGCUAUCGCCAUCUGGACCGCCGGCCGGCUGGGACUCAAUCCCUUCUAUCUCUCCCUGGUUUAUUGUGUCGUGGCUGCCAUUGUCACUAUCGGCGUUGCCCUCAUCCAAAGGGAGAUUGCAGACAAAGAGAAGGGCAGCCCACUCGAGUGGUAAGAAUGAUACCAAGGAAGACCUGCAAAACUCAUCUUAAACAACUGUGGUCAUUUGUCAAGCGAGGCUUUCGGCAUGGGGAGGACCAGGAGAGCGGGAACAGACAAGCUGCCCCUGAGAACCAACCGGCGACCAGCUCCGAUGAUGAACCUCCCAAGCCGCCAUCUCAGAGGUCUCAAAACCCUGCCGUGCGCGCUCCUCCUCAGCGUGGCUCUCGGGAUGGGGAGGACCAGGGGAGCGGGAACAGACAAGCUGCCCCUGAGAACCAACCAGCAACCAGCUCCAAUGAUGGACCUCCCAAGCCGCCACCUCAGAGGUCCCAAAACGCUGGCGUGCGCGCUUCUCCUCAGCGUGGUCGUUCAAAUGAGAAUCUCAGCACUGGAUCGGGACCCUCAAUCAAUGCGAGCACCGGCCUUGAUAAGGGGAAGGGCGUCGCCGUCCAUGCUGAAGACGAUGAGGACAUUCCGCUCGCGAGACUCCUUUCCCCUCGUUCAAGCCUAGCGAGAGAGAGAUCCAAUCAAUCAAGCCCAGGACCAUCUUCCGCUGCCCCAGCACGCGAGGGUUCAAUUUCGCCCUUACCUGCGAGGUAUCGACGCAACAAUACAGUCAGACCAAGGCAAGGUCUCGGUCAAGGUUCUCUUUCACUACAGCAAUUUCCUGGCAAUGCAAAUGCGGGGAGGGCCCAAGGUGGAUUUGACCGACUUGCGUAUCUGCCGCCGACACAGCCUCAAGGGAUACCCAGGUUUUGUCAACUUCCCCGUGGGAGUAGCUCAGCCGCUCGUAGGGCCAGAGCACGCACUACGGAUAUGGGCUCAUGGGGAUUCUCCAUGA